AGAUUAUUUUUGUUUAGGCGCGCGCUAGUGUGACAAGAUGGCGACAUUUUGCCCUCAGUAUUUCCAAGAGACACUUCAAGAUAAAUAUUUUUAGACAGAGACCUUAGGUUUCGAUACCAGAUACACCCGAAAUCAGAAUCUAGCUCCUUUCGCUAUCCUUGGCGGUAUGAAAAAGUGGAAAUAACCGCAAAUAUAGAAUGCACAAUGGACGAGAGAUGCUCUGUAACACCCCCUACUUGAUGCGACGUCCAUUUGGAAAGCUCUCGAUCCUUUCGAGAAAUCUGGAAAGAAUAAUCUGAAGUGGUGAACUCAGCAUGUUUGAGCAGCUUGUUGUCUCAGUUCUGAACAGCGUUCUCGGCCGUUAUAUACGUGAUCUAGACAGCUCUAAUCUUGAACUCGCAGUUCUCCAAGGCCAAGCAGUGUUGAGGGAUUUAGAAUUAAGAGAUGACGCAUUGGAUGGAUUUGAUCUGCCAGUUCAAGUAACACAUGGAUUUGUUGGUGAGAUCUCUCUGACUAUCCCAUGGACCAACCUGUAUUCAUCACCCUGCGACAUAUGUAUUGAAGAUGUCUAUCUCAUUGCUAGCCCUGUGAAAGAACAACCAUAUGAUGCAGAGAAAGCCCGGGCAAGUGAGCUUGCAGUUCAGAGAAAACGGCUGAGGCAAAUUGAAGAAAGCCUUGCAAAGAAAGCUACUGAGAGCACAGAUGGGAUAGCCCAUGCAGAGAAUGGAGACUCAUUUGUUGAGAAGUUAAUGGCACAAGUUAUCAAGAACCUCAAAGUGUCUGUGAAGAAUAUCCAUAUGAGAUAUGAGGACCAGGUUACGUCAUGUGAAAGUCCAUUUGCUGUGGGAUUCACUCUGCAAAACCUUUCAGCUGAGACUACAGAUGAUAAUUGGAAGACAAGUGUUGUUGAUGCUGCUGCGAAAACCGUAUUUAAGCUUGUGAGUCUUGACAACUUAGCAGUGUAUUGGAAUCCAGACCAACAUGCCUAUGACUUGUACGGCAACCACUGGAAUUGGAAGGGUAAAAUGGAGGAUGGUAUAUCUACAAAAGCUAAACAGCCAAAGGAUUAUGAAUACAUUCUGCAGCCAUUGUCCGCUGAAUGCCAUGUCAUCAUGGACCAAACAUCCAAGGUGGAGAUGGAUGUACCAAAGCUUUUGGUGGAAGUUAUCCAACAGGAGUUAUCACUUGCCAUGUCACAAAAACAGUUCCACAAUCUAAUGGAUGUCAUUGACUCAUUUGAGCUCAUGUCUGUGAAUCAGCAAUACAAGAAGUACCAACCCACUGUCAAAGUCCAUGACAAUGCCAGCAAGUGGUGGAAGUAUGCUUAUACUGCAAUCUGUGAGGAGGGUAUUCGUAGCUGGUCAUGGGAAAGAAUCAAAGCGCAUCGGGCUAGGUAUCGUGCAUAUAAAUCGUUGUACAAGCGAAAGCUCAAAGGAUUCCAUGACUCAGAGCGUGAGUCUUCCCUUAGACAUUUACAGGCCUUAGAGGAUGACCUAGGUAUCCCAAGUGUACUGAUUGCUAAGCAACAGGCUGAGCUGGAGGUUCCGCCUGAGAUGCGUGAAGUCCUGAGUCCUGCGAAGACAAGUUCUGGAUCAUGGUGGUCUUGGCUAGGGGGAGGUGCCGGAGCACCAGCAGAAACAUUACCACUGGAGGAGGAAGAGGACCUUUUAUCCAAACUUACGGUGGAAGCCUUGCCCAAAGACGAAAAGGAGAAGCUCUACAAAGCCAUUGACUACAGUGAGGGUGCAAGACCCAUUAAGUACCCACUAGAGUACAUCAAGAGGAGGUUGACUUUUCAUCUGGACUCCUGUCUUGUUACUCUCCUUGAUGUGCAGAAAAGAAGGAUAGCUGAGGUAGCCACACAAGGCUUUGCUGCUGCCAUUGAGCAACGUCCCGGUGGGGAUGCAAUGAGAUUCCAGGCAGAAGUGAAUGGUUUUCAGGUUCUUGGUACCCCAAACCCCAGUGAUGGCCAAUCUAGACCGUGCUUGAUGUCUUCCAAGACUUCACUGGGAAGUGAUGGUAAAGCGCUACUGAGUUUCACUGCUGAGACAAACCCCUUGCAUGUGCGUGCAGAAUAUGCUGUUGCACUCAAGGUGGAACCAGUGGAGAUCAGAUACGACAAUAUCACUGUGGACAAGGUCAUUGACUUCUUUGAUGUCCCAAACUACUCCAAACUGCAAGAGCUAGAGGCAGCUGCAGCGAACAAACUGCGGGAAUUGAGAAGCUGGACCCGGUCAGGGUUGGAGUACGCCAUCGCACAACACAAGGUGACCUUUGUUGACAUGGACGUCCGUUCGCCAUACAUCGUUAUCCCAGAAUAUGGAAAUUUAGCAAGAAAAGGGAAUGUGCUGAUUGUAGACUUGGGUCAUCUAACUGUCGUCAGCGACUUGGUCGACAGGGACAAAGUUCCCGUCAAAAAAAGAUCAGAUGAUGAGCUUGCAGAGAUGUUCUAUGAUAAGUUUGAUGUGAAGGUGACAGAUGUUCAGCUAAUCUUGGCUGAAAAAGGGUCAGACUGGCACUCUCUUCAUGUGCAAUCCUCCACGCCUGAACACAUCCUUCCUGCCACUUGCAUGGAGCUUCAGGCUUACAAGAGCAUCAGCGCCGAGUAUCCUGAAUUACCAGAAUUCAAAGCGAUAUCAGUUCUUCCUACUUUAUGGAUCAAGCUGUCAGACACAAAAUACAAACAACUAAUGCAGUUCCUCAAGAAUUUCCCUCUUGGCACACAAACGAGAAAAGAGGUGGAGGCGAAAGGAAAACCUCUUUUAGACAAGCAAUGGGUUCGCACGGCCUCCACUUUAUCCGUGGAUGAAGUCACCAGCAUCCAAGCCAUCCUCAGUGAGAAGUUACACCCAAAAUCCGACGGCGAAGAUGACGAGUGGUUCGACUCGGUUGAGUAUCUUCCGGGAGAUAGGCCUGGGAGCAGAGCGUCACAGGCGCCAGACAGAACGUACUUCACCGGGGAGUUCGCCAUACACCAGCUUCGUGUGACCCUCGAUAAAGCGAACAACAAGCGUGACAAGCCCUACAUUAGCCUAAACAUCACGAACCUGACCACGACUGUCACCGUGAACACUUGGGACCUGUCCGUCAAGACCUCCCUGGGGUUUAUACAACUGAUCGACAAUUACUUCCAAGGUGAUGAUGGCAAUGCCCUCGCUGUGUUGAGCUCGUCUGGGAAUGAUGACUGGAUCUCAGUCGAUUACGUCCAGGCAGACCCCAAGGGACCCGAGUUCUCCACCAAGUUCGAAAAUACCCAGCAGUCAGUUCGCGUCAAAUUCAGCUCUAUUCAACUCACGGCCGUCAAGGAAGCGCUGGCUGCUUUCGAGAUAUUUUUACUUGAACUUCUUGAAAGCGAUGAUGUUAAGACACUUACACCUCUGCUGCCAAGUAAGUUUCAACCCCUCGAGACCAUAGAGGAAAACGAACAGCUAGAAACACGAGCCAUAGAACCAGUCAAUCGAGAAGUAGUAGACAUAGCGAUCGAGGCCCACGUGGAAAAGAUCAGCAUCAAAAUGGUGUCCAGACAAAAGCUUGUAGGAUGUGUGCAUGUGAAAGGUCUUAAAGUAAAAAUCGAGCAAAGGGGACCCGAGACCAAAAUCGUGACUAUGCUUAAAGAUCUUGGAAUUACAAAUGCGAUGGCAGGAACUUUCUACCCAAAGAUUCUUUGCUUGGAAGAUAACACAGUAUUCGAAUGUGAGAUUACACUAUUUGACAACAAGAGCAACUCUGUCAAAGACCCAUUGGCCGUGGAUGUUCUCAUCGACCUCAAGAUUGGCAGAUUCAAGUUUGUGUUCUUAAGUGGUUUCACUGCUCAUAUGCAGAGUUUUGUCCAAGCCCUGAUCAGCCCUGAGACCAUGUCAUACGCGCAAAACAUCACGCAGAACGCUCUAAAGACAAAGGCUAAAAGUCUUCAAGAACGUGGCACUAAACUUGGCCUAAGCAUCAACGUCCACGCGCCAAAGCUUGUAAUCCCUGGACACUCAGGGUCACGUGACAUGCUGGUAGCUGAUCUUGGCAACCUUGAAAUUAACAACGCGAUAGAGAAAACCCGUCAUGGUGUUUUGAUUGACAAUAUGGAAGUGACACUCAGCUCGUUUGAAGUGAGAUGCUUCUCCGAGGAAGAGAACGUGUUCAGUAAUCACUUGGUGGAGCCAAUCAGGCUUGAUAUUGUGGUGAGAAGAAGACUUGACCCAGCCGCAUCACACAUUCCACUCAUUGAGGUGGAUGCCGUUCUUGAGCUACUGCAGGUUAACCUGGCCACACCCGACUUCAAGCUUCUAAUGAUGGUUAUUAACAAGAACCUGACCGAAGGAAUCAAAGAAGCCUCUGAUUCCCUGCUAAGCCCCUCACCGAGUGAUGAACAAGUUGAGAGUGAACAAGGAGCCGGACGGAGAUCCCGAAUAGGAAGUGCGCUUCAAUUGGAAAGCCGUGAGGCAUCAGCCCACAAUACUGAUGACGAGAUCAGCCUCAAGUGUAACUUUAACGUGCACAAGGUGUUGGUCAACUCUCCCCGAGUCGUGGACGGCAGGGCAUGUCGCUAUCUCAUUCUUAAUGUUGAUAAACUUGUUAGUACGCUGGCUAUCGAUGGCUGGACUACAAACGUUCAUGCAGACCUCGGCACGAUACAGCUUAUGGACCAUUUUAAUAAGGAUUUAACUGGGGAGCCAGUCUGUAUCCUCUCGUCAUCCAAGGAAGAGGACCUUAUCACACUCGACUUCAAAAUGGCGGACCCAUCCUGCCCUGAAUUCGAAUCAGCUCACUGCUCCGUGCAACAGACGGCUAGCAUUGAGUUCCGGCGGGUGAAGAUCACCUGUCCUCAGCAGUCAGCCAUUGACCUGCAGGAGCACGUGUUAGCGCUUACAUCAAGUGACAUCAAGGAGUGCGCUCCUGAAGCAGACCAAGCAAUGGCGCAAUCAGAAGUACUGCCAAGUGUAAGCGAGACUGAGCCGUCCAGGACCUCCCUGCCUCGCGUAUCACCAAGCCUGUCGUUGGGUCAGACCAGCUUUAAACUAACCGCCGUACUGUGGGAAGUGGAUAUCGUCCUGAUCGCCUCAGACAAGAACCUGGCUGACAUAAAUAUCAAAGGUUUGGAAGCUGACAUAUCUGUAUGGGAUCGUGGACUGAUUGUCAAAUCGACUCAGAGAGAUCUGUCCAUCACUGACUUGGACCCUAGUACUAUAUACCCUAAGAUUUUAUCAGUUGAAAACGAAAACGUAUUCGACUUCGAGUUUAAGCUCUUCACCGCUUCUGAUGGUGGCGACAACAAGAAGCUUGAGUUGAAACCUGAUGGCGCAUUGGACCUGAAUGUUGGUCGCAUGAACUUCGUUUUCCUUUAUCGAUUCAUAGAUGAUCUGAUGCGCUACGUAGAGCCGCUGACCAGUCCCUCCACCAACAAGUACGUACAAGAGGCUGCGUCCAAGACCGUCCAGACACAGCUCGAGAGUUUGCAGUCGCAGGGUACUCGCAUCUCCCUUGACGUCUCUAUCACCGCCCCCUUGGUGGUCAUGCCCCGACACUCGCGCUCUGUUGACAUGUUGAUUGCGGACCUUGGACACCUGGAGCUGCGUAACGAGUUUGAAGUGUUCGAGAUGGAAGUGAGCAAAGAGAAAGUUGUGAUCGACAUCAUGGAGCUGAAUCUUCAGUCUGUACAAUUAGCAAGGGGCCGUAUGGACUUGAGUAACUCAUCCGUGGUCAAGCGUUACCUGAUUGAGCCCAUACGGCUCGACGCUACCAUAAAGCGCUCAAUGAAGCCGUCGUGCCACGAGAUCCCCUUCCUAGAGUCCACCGCAGUACUGGGUUUUAUUAAGAUGAAUUUGGGAUCCAAAGACUACCAGCUAUUAACAACCAUCACUCAAGAGAAUCUGAACGAAGGCCAGCCUACCGUGACAGAUGAAGGGAUUCGAUUCGAAGAGGAAGUCUCUGAGCCUGUUGUGGUUGAAAAGCAGGAAGCAGAAGCUGAGCAAACGACCUCAGAAGAGACGACCUCUGCAGCAGAGAGUGCAUCACUUGAUGAAGUGUGGGACUACAUGGUAUUCUCUUUUGAGCUGCCCGGAGUCAGCCUUGUGAUGUAUAUGAACGAGAAGGAUCUGGACCCAUUUGACUCCCAGUCGCCGUUGUACGACCCCAAGACUGCACUGUGCUUAUGUGAUGUCACAAAGACGACAUUGAACCUCGCAUUAACCAGUGACAACUCGGUGCAGCUCCAGGGCUUGCUGCAGAGCUUUAUAGUGGACGACAUCAGGCCUGACCGCCAGAGCUCGUUUACAAGGUUGAUUGACAAGAAGCUGCAGGCUGCUUCCAAGACUUCGCCAGCGUCACCCGACAUGUGUGAGGUGUUCUACUGCAUGAGGGCUAAUGGAGACAUGGAGGUGGUCCUUCAACUGCAGAGUGCGUCGAUCUUCGUCAACUUUCCCUUCAUCUGGCCGCUACUCGAGUUCUUCACCCCAGUACUCCAAGAUGAGGAGAAGGUGGACGACGAUCAGUUUGUGUCAGCGGCUGAGAGCCAGGCGUCCCUUGAUGCCCCUCCCACGAGUUAUGAUGUUACAAGCCCCGUCGACCUGAGCAGAGAGACCAGCAACUUCACCACUGCCAGCAGCUUCAGAAAACGUGCCCCUGCAGUCAAGGUUCCUACCACAGCCCCUCCGUUCAACUUGACCGUCAAAGGCACCGUCAAACAACCGGACAUAGUUUUACUAGCGAAUCCGCUGGACAAAAACAGCGAGGCGAUUAUCGUUCAGACGGAAGUGGACUUUGCGUACAAAAUGUCCAACGAAAAGCAGCAACUGAACUCCCUCCUCACAAGUCUGCAAAUGGUCUCGUGCCAGUUCCCUAACGUCCAGGACACUGCCUACAAGGUUCUAAAUCCCUGUGAUCUUACGUUCAAAUACCGGACGCCAGUCUUUGAAGAUGGGAGAGGACAAGAAAUGAAGAUAAGCAUCGAGACAAUGAAUCUACAAUUCUCCCCAGUUCUUCUCAGGACGAUUAAUGACGUCGUCGCCACUCUUUCCGGACAUGAGAAGGUAUCGGAAGGAGCACAGACUGAGGGCAUGGAACGAGUGCCGACCCCCGCUGACCUGUGGAGCCCACGUCGUACCAACCCCGAUCAUUGGUUCCAGAAGACAGGUCGACAAGGAAACACCCAAAUUGUGUCAAGGAAGUCGACAGGAGACAAGAUUGAGCUCAAGACCAAGGAGGUUUCCAUAGUGAUGGUAAAUGAGACACAGGGAGCCCACGUGCCCUUGCUGCUUGUCAAGUCCACCGUCAGGGCGACAGCGAUGGAUUACACUGCGCAGAUGAAACUAGAAGCAGAUUUGGCUACCUGUGUGUCGUUUUAUAAUGAGCGGCUGGGAGCCUGGGAACCAUUGCUGGAGCAGGUAUCUGAGACAAAGGAAAACCCGUACUGGGAGCUACAACUGAAGGUGUUUUUUGCCGAUAGCUACGUCUCCUCAUUCACGCCACAUGACCAAGAAUCCGUGGACGGUCCCCCUGAUGACGUCACGGAUGCCCCGAGAGCUCACCGAUGGAUCCCCUGGCAAAACCGACCGCGGUCGGAAUCGAGGAGGGAGCCUAAUCGGAAGAGUUCUGUCAGGAAGUUCUCCCGAAAGAUGAGGAGAGGCUCAGUUCGAAAAUCAAGCAGACAGCAACGGCGUGGAGCUCUACGGAAGAUGACGUCUGAUGACGAGGAAGUGGAUGACCUGGACUAUCAUGGCGCCGUGGAUCACUUCUUCUUGCACACAGUGAAGACGGUUACUGAUCCCGCCGGCGAAGAAGUGACGGAGCCACCGGUUGAAGACACGCCCAUGGAUGAGGUGGAUGCAUCAGUAGAUGACAGAGAACAGGCGACGUACAUCGUUCUCAACUCCCACGACGCGCUUCAACUAACUGUCACCCCAACAGCGCUGGACGUGCUCACCGACCUCAGCAAGGUGUGGACGGUAGCGUCAGGGUCCAAGAGCAGAAGUAUUCCCGGACCAACCUUCACUAUACGUAACGAGCUUGGGAUUCACGCCCUCGCCGUUGUCAGCCACAAACAAAAGAUCCAGGAGAAGAGUGACGAGUUCCUGACGGUGCGUUACCGCGCCCAUGACACAGCCGAGCGUAAGAUGAGUCUUAGCGACACCCUGGCCGCCAUGGCGCAUGCCCUCCUCGCCGAGCAGAAACGCAUAAAAAAGCGCAAACAACUUUUCUCGGAACCCCUCCUCAACAAAUUCCGAGACAAGUUCCAGAAGAUCCAGCGCCGGCGUGCCUCACUGCCAGUGGGCCUUGAGGUGGGGCGGGGGAGUGAGGGCAAGAGGGCGUCUUUUGAGGUAGGGGGUCAGAAGACACGCCCUGGUAGGAUGAAGAAGAGUACGUCGCUGGACUCUGGAAACGUGAAGCGCAAAACCCAUGGCUUGUUCUCCCUCACCAAGUCCCUGGGCGCCAACAAGGACGAUGAUUACGAUAAUUACGAUGACAAAGACAUCGCCAGCUGGAAACAUCGGAUACGCAUGCGCAAGAAUGACCUGUUCGCACUCGACAACGACGAGUCACGUGAUUUCUCGAACGGUGGGUCACGUGACGGCGGACAGAGCAACUCUCAAUUGAUUGGCAUCCCCUCUACUUCAGGUUCAGUUGGUGCAGACGAAGAGGACACGUGUAACAGGGUCUCGCUAAGUAUCGCUAACGUAGGAACGUUGGUCGGCGGGAUAUCCUCACCUCAGUUCAGCGACACAGAGCUCAGCGCACCAGGGGCUGAGUCAAGUCCGGAUAUCACCAGGUCACCAGGGAAAAAGGAAAGAGAGAAAGAGGACGAUGAGAGCUUUAUAUCCGUGGUGGUUGAUGGCUACUACAGCAUCGACUUUGUUCCCAUCACCCGAUCAGGGCGGUACUUGUACAAGCUAAGACCAAAGAUCAAUGACGAGCAUAACGUAAACAAUCACGUGGUGGUGCAAGUGAACAUCAAAAAUGGACAGAAGACUGUGUUGAUCCGAUCGCCUUUACAGGUCUACAACCAUCUUGAGAUGAACAUAGAAUUGCUGUGUGAUGAUGAGAAGGCGGCCUCUGCCUCGCAGCAGUACAGUCACGUGAUGUACAUUGAACCCAAUUCCAGCAGCAACGUGCCGCUACAGCUAGCGCAUAACAAACCGCUGUACAUCCGACCACAAGACCCCAGAUAUGGAGUAUGUCCAGAAGGGGUUUCUUGGCGUGAUCUUUCAAAGCAAAAAUCAGGACGUAUCCUUGUGGCCAAGCAAGUCGCAGCUCUGACCUCACUUGAGUCGCUAGAAUCCUUGGAAUCCAUCGAGUCAAAAGUCGAGCUUCAUAUGAAGUUGUCUUGCCAAGCUGACAGCCUGAACAAGACCCCCAGCAGCGAUGCGCCACAUCACGUUAUCCAUCUCUAUCCUCCAAUCAUCUUGCACAAUCUUCUACCUGUUGACAUGAUUCGCUUACCAGAGGGUGACCAUGACCGUGAGGAGGUAAUUCUUCCUGGUGAGCGUGUACCCAUCGUGAUGGCGAGUGUGGAGAACACGUGCGCUAUGAAUAUCAAGCUGGUCAACCUGAGGGGUAUGGAUUGGUUUGGCACUUUGUGCAUCGACAAAGACACCGGGAAGACUAGCAAAGUGACGGUGAUAUCCGCAGACGAGACCUCUCAACUUGUCCUUGGCGUCCUCACCAUGCACAAUGGCACCACCGACGUCACUGUCUACUCGCCUUAUUGGCUCAUCAACAAGACUGGGAUACCUGUGGAAUACAGGGUUUGCAAAACGGAUGCCGUGUACUAUCACGGAGUUGGUGACGACCAGCCGUUGCUUUUCAACUUCCACGAGAAUCAAAACAGAAAGGCUCGUCUGAGAGUGACGGACUCCCUUUGGUCCAAGAAGUUCUCUCUGGACGCUGUAGGCGAUGCUGGUCUGGUCUAUUGCAGAGAUACCAAGAAGACUAGGAAAUUCGAGUUUGUUCUGCAGAUCGAAAUGUCACAGACGGGCCUGACAAAGAUCGUCACCCUCACGCCCAAAUAUGUCGUCAUCAACACCACCGAGAUUUCCAUCUCGUACUGUGAAGACGGUCUGGUAACACCCCUGUGGUUUGCCAUCGAGCCUGACGAGUGCAAGGCAUUCUGGCCGUGCAGCCCUCUCAAGCGCCUCUUCUUCAAGCCCACGCUCUCCCAGUUCUUCUCCAAGCCUGUCCCUUUCAACUGCUCUCACACCACCGUAUUGCGCAUGCGCCAACCUGCCGCGCUUGGGAUCGAGGUCCAUGGGGAAGUGGAGGAGUCGGUCACUACAAUUCUCAUCACACCCUACUGCCCUGGGGUUGGAACUAUACGGGUGGAGAACCUGUGCGAAGACUUGACCAUCAGAUAUAACCAAGAGGAUGUGAACCAAGCCUACAUUCUCCCGCCUGGGUUAAGCAUGCUUUACACAUGGGAUGAUCCCAAUGGUAGUCGUCGUUUAAUGUGGAAGCCGUAUCUUGGUGUGGACGACGCGUUAUUUGUAUCUGUGUGCAAGGAUGACCAUGGCGAGGUAAGGCUGGAAAUAGACGAGUCCGGCCCAGACAUGAAGGACGAGCGCAAGCAGAUGGAAGACACCAGAGUGACGUGCUCCUUCACUUGCAUUCCAACGUGCACCUCAGGGGUGUCGAGCCCGGCCACGCCCAUGGAGGAAGGGUCUGAGGACCAGGUGGAUGGGGGUCUGCUGAGGAGAGGAAGGGGCAGGAGGUACAAGAGAACGGUGUACUGGGUGUCGAUGUUGGAUGGGCUGCAGAGGGUGUUGCUCUUCACAGAAGAUUCCUACCUCGCAACAAGAGCGAGAAAAUCCAGCGAGUGUGAACCGAUCAAGAUGGAGGUGUUCGUGUCACUGGAUGGAGUGGGCCUGUCACUGGUCAACAACAAACCGGAAGAAGUCUCCUACAUCACACUGUCCAGCUCUACGUCUAUUUGGCAAGUACAGAAGUCACCUGGUCGCUGGAAAACCCUGAACCUUGAACUCUCGUCAUGGCUGGAGGACGCAUGGAAAAACGGAGAGGAGCAGAUUAGUAUGGACGAGACAGCCCUGGUCGACUUCAGUCGCAUGAAGAUGGUGCGACCGUACGAGGGUGCAAUCAGGCGAUCGUUUGAGCCUGCGAUGUGGUUCCACUACUCAGCAUCCGAGCACUAUCACAGCGCGCACUGCAAGAUGCACCGCAUACAGAUCGAUAACCAGCUGUAUGGCACAGUGUUCCCUGUGGUCCUCUACCCGGCACCUCUUCCGCCGGCUGUCAUCAGUCGCCAUGGGCAUAAGCCGUUUAUUGAAGUUUCUGUGAUAUACCACGAUGUCCCUGCACAGGGUGUUCAUCAUUUUAAGUAUGCCAAAGCUCUAGUACAGGAGAUGAACGUCAAAGUGGACAAGUCCUUCAUUAUUGCUCUCACGAGUCUUCUUAGCAAGCCCCUAGAAUCUGACGGCGAGGAGACGUACUUCAAGAUGGACAUGGAUAGCGUUGCCGUCGAACUGAAAGAAACUCUUGCAGUCAAGGCGGCGUUACAGACCCAGCGCGUGUUCCUGGAGUACUUCCAUCUAUCACCUCUCAAGGUGAACCUGAGCUUUUCCCUGGAGUCAGUGGUGGACGACCCUGACCAAGCGUUCGCUGAACACAUCAUGGAUUUCUUUAUGGACUCCAUCGGCGCCACACUCAUCGACAUGAACGAUGCGCAGCUCAAACUUGCGUUCUUCGAGCGUGUUGGUGUGUUUAUCACGCAAGAGAAUCUUCAAGGACAAAUCACGAGACAUUACACGAUGCAGGGUGUGCGCCAAGUCUACGCCCUUGUUCUAGGCUUAGAUGUGCUCGGAAACCCUUACGCACUCAUUUCCGGUAUCGGCGAGGGAGUGAGGGACCUGUUUUACGAGCCCUAUCAGGGCAUCAUCUACGGCCCUCAAGAGUUCGCGGAGGGACUGGCACGAGGUGUCAAGAGUCUCCUGGGGCAUGUCGUAGGUGGUACUGCUGGCGCGUUCUCGCGAAUCACGGGCUCAAUCGGCCAGGCGGUCGCCACGCUUACGUUCGACAGUGAUUACCGGAUGAAACGUCGACAGCGAAUGCACGUGGAGCCGAAGGGAGUCGGUCAAGGCCUGAUUAUGGGUGGCAAGAGCCUUGUUAUGGGUCUGGUGUUUGGAAUCGGGGGCGUGGUCAUGAAGCCCAUUGAAGGCGCUAGGUCGGAAGGUGUGGAAGGCUUCUUCAAGGGCAUGGGUAAAGGAUUCCUCGGCCUACUGACUCGACCGACUGGCGGCGUAAUCGAUAUGGUCAGCUUUACACUGGACGGGAUAAGAAGAUCUGCCGAACAGGGCGGUGAAGAUAUCGCGUACAGAAUGCGUCUACCGCGAUUUACUGCACCGGGUCAGCCUGUAACACCAUAUUCCGAGGAGAAGGCAAAGGGCUAUGGUAUACUGAAGAGCAUCUACACCCCGGAGCUGUCUGGUGACGUGUAUGUCAGCGAUAUGACCGUGAGCAAUGAGAAGAACGGAGGCCUGGUACUACUCACAAGCAAGCGCAUCAUCAUGGUUCAUCAGAGUCGCUUCUGGAAGGAGUGGAAGGUCAGCUGGAUGUGCGCGUACGAUGACGUCACAACCACGCCCUGGAUCGUCGGCAACACGCUGGUUAUCAAGCGCAAGGAGUCUGAGUCUUCUAUGGACGUGUUGGCCCACUUGUACGAGAUCGAGUCCAACAGCGAGGACGAGCUGAAGGCUCUCAAGUCAGACAUUUGCAACGCCUUGCGCCGAUACCGCUAGUCAGCGGUCUUACCUAUGUGGGCAGACGUCAGUUACUGGAGAAUAGCCAAUCAUUAGUUAUUAAGAAAGAAUCAAAGUGCAGUGGACCUCCGAAGCUCGAACAGCUCGAAUUCCCCGACGAAUUCGAAUUAAACCUCCCUUCCCAAUCUACUUGGAAAAGUUCCCAGAACUCGAGUAUGUUUUCAUCCCCAUUGAGGACUCGAGUAAGCUCUCACAUAAGUCACAACUCUAAGUGACUCGUUUAUAUUUUCUACUUAUUUUAUUUUUAUUUUAUAAGCAUUUUGUAUUACGGAUUAGUUACUGGGUUCUUAAGCCGGUAUAAAGUAAAAUCAUGUAUCACGUGGAAUACUUUUACUGUCUCAAUAUGUUUAAAGUACGUUGAUCCGACUUUCAUGACUCGUGGUUUCGAAGCCUAUGAAAUACUACAAAAAUGAGGUGUUUAUCUUAAUCACAAUGAAUUUUAAUCCAUCCUACAAUAAAAGCAGCUCAGCCCAGUUGUUAAGUAUCAAAUAAUGCUGGGAAAGUUGUAUUUUUAACAAUAAGAGUUCUGGAUAUUCAAGACAAAAGCAAAACAAUUGUUUUACAAGUCGCAUCAAAAAUACUUUAAUUAACAUAUAGGCAUAUAAGGUCAGCAGAAAUGUUUUUUGUUGUUGUUGUUGUUGUUGUUGUUGUUGUUGUUGUUGUUGUUGUUGUUGUUGAUGUUAUUGCUCCAAAGAAUGUGAAUAACCCUUUUUAUAUUUUUUUAGACCAAACACUUUUUUUUUUCAAUGAAAGAAAUUGUGCCAGAAUUGUGGUACAUUUUGCUUGGCGUCCCCAACAGGACUAAUAAACAGUAGCGAAUCUAGGGGGAGGGUUUAGGCGAUUUAAACACCCCUUUGGGCUGCCAGAAAGCCAUAUGUAACAAAAGAAAUACCCCCUCCUCCCUUUGUCACUGAGCCCAACCCCCCUUUAGCGAAAAGCUAGAUCCGCCCCUGAUAAAGUUAGAAUACUGAAAAAAGUAUAGGGAGGGGGUCAAAGUCAAAAUACAGGAAAAUAAAAUUAGAAUUUUGUUAAAUGGCAAUCUUCGCUGAAAAAACUUUUUGCAUAUUAAUUUAGUUUAUUUUUUUAAACAUAUUUUGUAUUGGACGUAACGUACGGUUUAACUAAGAAACCACAAUCCCCACCAAAGAGCAUCGACCAGCCACCCUCUUGUUAUGGUUUCAAUUCAUUAUAAGAAGACGAAAUAAUUGAAAUCUCGAAAUAAACAUCUAAUAACAAAGCUUUACACUACCAAAUGCAAUCGAAAAUAUCGGAAAAGCCUCCCUAAUUCAAUCGAUUGAAAUGGAUGCUUUCUCGAACUUGGUAUUUUGCGAGGUUGACAAAACGGCGGUUUAAAGAGACUCGUAAUGACAGGAGAAAAUGCCAAGCUAAUAGAGACGUGGUUUGUAUAAAAACCUAUAAAUGUAUUAUUUAAAAGAAGUUGGAGUAGAAGUUAUAACGUAAAUUUGUUGUGUUUAGAAUAUGCAAUGUUCCUAUUUUUAUGUAAUUAUCAUAUUUUGAUAUCAUAUUGGAAUAAAAGUAUUGUUUUAGCGUU